CAACUGUUCUAAUGAUGAAUGGGAGACACCUCUUUGCAGGCCCUUCCCCAGGGGACUCCCCCCCCACCACCUCAGAUUCUAUUUUAUCAGAAACUCCCAGGAGAGGCUUCUAGCCUCUGAGGUCUAGCCACUGAGGUCUAAGAUUUGGGGUUGGGGUUUUGGUACAUUCAUGCUCGUGCCUGCCUUGUUACAGCACAACAGUGGCUUCUAUGGGCACUACAGGGGCCAGUUCAAGAGUGAAAGUGCUCGAGAAUACCGCCUUGCAGCCAAGCCCCAGCCGCCGGCAGUGUUCCUGAAGCGAUGCCAGGAGCCUGCGAAGCAACACUUCUUCUCCAAGCAUGACAACCGCACUUCUUUCGACAGGGGCCCCUUCUGCCUGCUGCAGGGAGUGGGAAGGCGGAAAGACCUGAAUCGCCUGUGGCAGCAACACACCUUUCUGCGCUGGGCACCCUGUGAGCUGGAGUUCUGCCAGCAGCGGCCCCUUGAAUCCUCCUACCAGGCCAACUUCCGGUCUGACCCAGGACUCGGCGACCUCCCUCAGCGUCUUGUGCACUUUGUGCAGCUCAAGCCUCCCCAUGUCAGCACCACCUACCAGCAGAACUUCUGCCAGCCAUCCCCUGGUGACUCUAGUGGCAGCAACAACAUGGGGCCCCAGGCCCCCGUCACCAACACACUGCCUAAACUCCCGGAGAUCCCAAGACCCACGCUGCUGCAGCAUUACCUCCAUGCUGGGGUCUCCGAGUGCCUAAACUGGUCCAGAGCAUUAAACGAGAAUGGCUGACACCGGGGCCUGUCUGUGCUUGCAGCCCUGGAGGGCCUGGAGGCUGAGAGCAACAAGACACUGCCAGGCCCGAUGCCUGGCUCCCACGUGCCUGUGCCCAUGGUACCUGUGUGCCGCGCAGACAAGGUGUGGCUCUGGGAACCCUGCCACCAGGUGAAAAGGGGUAUGGCCUGCAGGAGUCUAAGGGGCAGAUGGGUUACCAUGGCAACAGCAGAUGGGUUCUGGGACCCCAAAUCCAUUCUUGCAGUAAACCCAGCCAUGAGCCCCUUGCACUCAGUGUGACUGCAGGGAGAGCAGUCAGUGGCCCCUAACAGUGGGCAGUAAAUUCUACAAGAGGAGGCAAGGGCUAGCAGCUUUGGUUUCUCUGGGAAGCUGCCGCCUCUAGGUGU